UGUGAAUCAAUUAUAUGCAGCCGAACCGGGACCUACGAACAGCUUCACCUGCUUCUAAAAUCAGCUGAAGAAUACUUAUAAAGUUGGCGGGGGAAGAUAUUGGAAGAGAAGGGUGCUUUCUUGACGUGACAACUUUUUUACUUCAUGAAUCAUGAUUGAGCUGAUUAUUUUCAGUUGAUCUAGUUUUUCGAAUACUCAUCGUCCUGCUCCUGCUCAUAGUAAUCAUGAUGAACAAAAUGAAAAUCAAAAUGUCAUUUAGUACAACAUUUCGUGUUCUUUCAUUGUCUCUUCUGGUAGGCGUGGUUAGUUUGCAGGCUACGGUGGCCCGUCGUGUCGAUGACACGACGCAACAACCCGGUUCAGAGGCUGCCACUUCUGCGUCAUCUUCUGGCGGAAGAGCAUCGCCGCCCCAGACAAGAAAUCCCGAAGAUGCACGACGAAGGCAAGGACGAGAAGCUGCAGCGGUCGCUGCGGCGCGCCGUGCAAAGCUAGCAAACGACGAAAGUGUUGCUGAACUACAACAGCAGCGUGGUAUUAUAGGUGGAACAAGUAGCAGGAGUGAGCCCGAACAACAAGGAACAAGUGAAGGCACAUUGGCCGUGAACAACGGAAGAUCUGGUCAUGAUGGAGAAGCAGAUGAUCUCGCUAUCGGACCCGGGCUUGCCCUGGUGGGAUCUGAUGUAGGUUCCUCAGGUCAAGGAGGUCAAGAAGAGCAUGGAGUAGAUCAUACUGGUGGAGGGGCCACCGCCGCUGCUACCUCCAAUGCAGAAAACCCAAAUGGUGUCCUAUCGAGCACCAGCAAUCCAGAGACCAACAGCCUAGCCGUCGAAGGUGAAGGCCGUAGAGGUGAUCGUUAUACACAAGCGAGCCCUAUCGAAGGGUCAGAAGACGGAAACAGCACAAGACAAAGGGAACCGGCUGCGGGGGAGCAGGAGGAGGAGCCUAGUGGAGACGGGGAGUUGGAUCCAAGAAUAUCCGCACAAACGCAACGGUUAUCGACAGCGAUACAAAAUUUAUGAUCUUGGCAUUUGAAACGACGUCGACGAAGCUUAAAAGUAAGCUUUGUUUUCACUCUCGUCACACCACUCUCGUCACACUCUGCGCUCUUCAUGGCCAAAGAAAGCUGGAAAAGCACACCGAAGGCGAAGCAGUGCUGCAGAUAACAAAAGUAGUACUAGUACAGCAGUGAAAAGUACAUGUACUACAACAUGAACAUGGAAAAUUCUUAUUUCCCACAUGAUGUUCGAGAAAGACAAGUUGUCGGUCUUUUACAUCCUCCUCCUUUACCUCUAUCGCUCUGCUCUAAAGAAAAUGAAUGAUCCAUCCUUGAUGAUCGCUGACAAUGCUGAGCUACCUCCUUCUGCAGUGGUUUGGACCUCGCCAGGCGAUGUGGCUAUGGCGAUGCGAAGAAUCGGAGCGCGAGUCCGCACGGCCCCCGAUUACGACAUGACGCCUUCUCUGCUGGGAAGAGAGACGCGGAGAGAAAUCAUCGUCGUUUCCACUUACAUCAGAGAAAUGGUAUACUAUUGAUUCAUUGCUUUGUUUUCACUCUACUAGACUAUACGUGCUUUCACUCCUCCACCAGUCAGUGUAUACUAGUACUACUCCCAGAUGAGGUCCUGAUAAGAGGUAGAUGAACUGGAGGCUUAUAUUUUUUUGAAAUUGACCGACGAGAUUCAGGGCAAGUGUAUUCGAUUGAUUGCAGAUACAUCACGAAACUAUUUUUUUUUAGUAACCUAAUUUCGACGAAUUCAGCAGGUGGCGCGGCACCCGUUGCAGACCCCAGGCGAAACGAGGUACAGGAUGUACCUACCAGCAAGUGUUAACUUCGACUUUGCUGCCAUGCUGUUAUGAUAGCUGUGGGGGUUAGUAUUCAGAUUCACGGUGCCUAGAUGAAGUAGAGCCAGAAGUUGUAAUAAAUGCCUAUCAAGUAUUACUUAUACUUGAUAUAUCUCCAACGAUCAUCAGCGCAUAGAAAUGGUUACGACAACGGACAGAAGGUGUAGCUGUUGCUGCUCUACAACUUCUUCUACUUGUUCUAACUUCGCAGCGAGUUCGAGAACGACGUCGAGCAGAAAGACCAGAACAAGAGGGAGACGAGCGUGGAAAUUGUCUCAUUUUUUUCGGCGCAGACGACCGUGACGAAUACUAUGCGCAUGCACGCAACAACGCACUCUCUGGUGCACACGCGCAUGGCCUGCAAGUGCGAGAAAUCAUGAUUCGGAGAGGCGUGUACAAUUACAUACUAGAAGGAUAUUUUUGAAUGAUUCCAAUUUUUACCACCACCGGCUACAGCAGAAGUUCCUGGUGGUCUUGUAGUUCUCCUGUUACAGUAGUUCUAUGAUGUCAAUUUGCAUGAGGAUUAGAUGUCACUGCAGGUGGUCACAUUGGAAAUAAAAUAUAACCUCCAUCAGAUCAUACAUACUAGGUACAAUCCUCAGCAUUUGCGGGACGCCAUUCAAGACUGCGAAGUUUUGCAACUGGGUGGAGGCAAGCCUGCCCGAUUUGCUUUGAAUGUUUGGAAUUUGAAGAAUGACGACCCUGAAAUUUGGCGCACCAUGAUGGAGAGAAUCGACCAGGGGCGUUUGAUGGUGCUAGCGUACAGCGCGGGAGCGAGUAUCGUUGGCAGUCGAGCGGAUCACUGGCUUUACGAUCGCGACGAACCACUGCCCGCAGACUUCGCGGACGCGGAAGAAGCGAGAGAAGCUCUUGAAAACGGCUGCUUUAAUCUUCUCGGCGAGUGGCAGGUAACGAUAAUCAUCUAGGUCUACUAGCCUACAUUGAGAUUCAUCAAGUACAAGUACUUACUAACUUAACUAAGUAUCUAUAAAUGGUUCGGGGCCGGACGGUACCCCCCCUGUGGUCAUGAUCUAGUGCAUAUUACUUCUAAAUAGUAGCUGUAGUCAUCCGCUUUGUGAUGCAUAAAGAGAGAUACUAAUAUCUAUCAAAGAAGAUUGUGUGUACUAGUACUAGAUAAUGAACAUGUAAUACUAGACAACUGUCGUACAACUAUGCAUCUCCGAGAAGGCGAUGAAAUGCAUAGGUUUUAUAUUUCUCCAAAAAUUGUAUCUAGUCAUGAUCAUCCCUAUCUUCUUCUUCUUUUAUUUCCAAAACUAAAAAAAGUUUUUAGAGGACUCAAAAAGUGCAUUUUUCCAAUGUUGAUUGAACCAGGUGAAGCCGCACUUUAGGUUGUCACGUUUGCACGGUCGAGAGCAGGGCGAGAUUCCGGCUGUAGUUCCACCGAACGUUUGGCUUUUGUUGGACAACUUAAACGGCACUAGUGAGACGCCACCGCGCGCGAUUAUGAACUACUUGCAAAAUCGCGAUCGCGAAGUAGAACAGGGCCGACGAGAACCAGAGCGAAACCGCGCAGAGGAAGACCCACUAGCAUUGGCUACCACAACGUUUUUUCUACCUGCUAACGGGGAAGGAGAGGUACAAAUUGUAGAGGGGGCGCGACUUCGUCGUUUGGAGGCAGGAGAUGGGCAUCAACUUACUCCUGAACUUGCAAAUCUUCUAGGAGAUCGCGGUUUUCGAGCCCUUGCUGGAAUUAGUGAGGAGGAUGGUAGUAGCACUAGCAACGACGCUGCUCGUCCUCGUGGUAUUCCUAAUCUUGCUAUUGCUUCCGACGAUGACGAGAGUCCUGCUGCUGCUGCCGCCGCUGCUCCUUCAUCAGGGGGGUUUUUGGCUGGAGGUAACGUCAACGUCAUGAAUAUCCAAUCUCUUCAACACGAAGAUAACGCAGACGACGAGAAUUUGACAGAGGACCAGAGGGCUGAGCGCGCAGUUGCGCAACAAAAUCUCAACCUUUUUAUGGCGAAACAAUUGCCCCGACUGCUGCCGCGGAUCAUGGCACGGGCCGCAGCACAACAAGAAGCAGACCUGCAGACAGGGCGAACCCCGCAGGCGAACGGGCAAUUCAUUUUUAUGACCCUUAAUGGACCAGUGACACGACCAGUCUCACGAAGACGGGGAGCUGCGCCAGAACAUAUCGUAUCGGCCGAGCAAGCGGCCAUCGACGAAAGAGUACUUGCACAUAUUCGUGAUGCACCAGGUGAAGGAAACUCUGGAGGGCCGCAAUCAGGCAGGAGUAGUCCUCCUGAGGAUGCAGGCGGCGGCUUUUAUCGUCAACCGGUGCGCAACAGAAGUGAAGACGCUUCCGCGGCACCAGCAUCUCCUGCGGCUGUAGUAAGUGGAGACUCCUCUGCGACAGGGCAGCCAGCUGCUGAUCGACCUCCCCCUCCCCCUGUGCGCAUAGCCCUGCUCGGCGAGGUUGCGAUGGAGUAUCUCCUUGUCAGUGGCAGCAACCGGAUUGAAUUCAAGACAGCCGAUCCGUUGGAUUUUUUCGAUAUGCCUGCUGGCAACCCUGUACACACCGUUCGCGCAUCAGCAUCGGAUGCAAUUGUCAACCGCGGCAACCUGAUUCGCUUAUGGGUUGUCGGAGUGGUCUUCGUCUUCUAUUCUAUGGCCACUUUUCCUCGGAUCGUCGUGUUGAGGUUGAUGUCCUAGCUACUUAAUUAUUUUUGUGAAUUCAGCUAACUAUUCCAUUACCGUUUUUUUUGUUACUACACAGGAGCCGUUUACAGCUCCCUGUACUAGUUUCGCAGAAGUUCUUCAUGCGAUCAACACCUUCCUCGUUCCUCGUCUUCUCUAAGUCACGCUGCUUGUUGAUCUGCGUCUUUGUGACAGUGUGUGUGGUGCAAAUGCGUGGCGCGAGGCGACAGAAAGAAAUCCAGGCUGAGAUACAAAAAGAGAAAGAAAAGUGGUCUCAGUACUACACCAACCAGCAUGAUUCAUCUGGUGGAUCAUACUCCUACGACUUUCAUCCAGCAGCCUUCUACAACAAUGACUUCGAAGGCUCAGAAGGAAACCAGGAGUCCAAAAGUCGUGGAGGUGGCCCCAGCACAGCAGGACAUAAUAUUAAGGGUUAGAAGUACAAGCGCAUACUAAGUUUAAGUAAGUUCUACUUCUAGUUCGUUAAUACCAACCCUAAGAAGUUCUUCAUCAACAAGACAUUAAGGGCUAGAAAUACCACAUUUCACGAUCACGUCGCGCACUACAAUCCUUGACUCUUUUCUCAGGAAAAAGAGAUGCCACGGAUUUUCUAGAAGAUCUAAGAACUCUGUAACCUCUACGAAUGAUAACGAUGACGAGGAGCGCGAAGCCUUUUUGAAAAUGGCGCACUUUACAGCACCUGGGGAACAGAAAGAGGAGCCGAAGAUUGAGGAAAAGUAGGAAAUUGAGGAAAGAACGAAGUCAUGAAAUGGUAGAAAAUUUUGAUUUUACUUAUGUUGAGCUUGAUAGAAGAAGACAAAUCUGCAUGAGGAAAUAGGACAACUAAGUGCAUAUGGGAACGGGGAGGGAACAUGUACAUGCCCUUGCAACUGAAGUAAUACAGUCACAAGGAUGUUGAACUAGAAGAAGGUAAGUACCUCCAUCUCCACGAGCUAGAGUAUCACAAGAACAUGCUUCUGCCCACAGGACAUCGUUCCACUUCCAUCUUCUUUCCGUUUUGAAUUUGAUGAUUAGGUGUGCCGACGUGCUUUGUAUAGAGGUGCGAAAAUUCGUGUGGACUGGUUCUGCCUCAGAAAGCUACCAUGGGGACUAGUACUAUUCAUCCAAAUUAAUGAAGCUAUUAAUUUUUUUUUUUGGAAUACGCCGCACGGGCACGCGCACGGCUGAUGUGCAGCACUCCAAGGUUUGAAAUCUGAAGAGCAGGGCGAGUGCUAAAAGAGGAGCACGAGAAUUCCGUAUCACUUGUAGGUCGUUGAUGCGGGUGCGCGGCUUGUGUUUAUAAUUGCAGAAAAUACAAAAUGAAUCAUGAUUGAUGUUAAACAUUAAGGAAAAUAGAAUGAUUAUUCGUUGUUUACUUGUUUGCGCUGGCUAGUAAGAUUUGAUGUUACUAAGUAACUUGUUACAUUUAGUCUGAGAAACCAAGCCUGUGCAAGUAUAGGACGUAAUAGAUUACAAGUAGUGUUACAUGAACCUCCAUCUGGUUUUGGUUAUGGCAUCUUCAACAUGAAAAUGUCACUCAAAGACACAAGCCAGUUGCAACUUUUGACACGAUCAUACGUUGUACGACAUAGCGACUCGUCAUACAUUCUUGAUUUCAAGUCUCCGGUUUUUAUUUACGCGUAGCAAUGAUAUAUAUCAAAGUGAAGUAGUGAUUAUCAUGCUGAGCUUUCUCCACUGACACUGUGCUAGAGGCUCAUUUAUUUGAUCUGGUGACCAUUUGUUCUCUGCAUCACAUGACGUGCAGCGACCAUUUGUCUGCAUCAAAUGGCGUGCAGGUUGAUGCAUUUGAUUAAACAAGAAGAUGUAUAUUGAUUUUAAUAUUUAUAACAUUGUUUUGGACGCGGUCCCUAUUGCUAUCGCUAACAACAUGUUGCACUUCUCGUUGGUGCAGCUGUAUGUUGAUGGCUUCGAGGACCAUCAUUCAUUGAAAUUGUAUCAGUAUCAGGUAGUAUAGCUGUCGUUUCUUCUUCUACUUUUCCAUGAUGAAAUCCAGUCGACGCAGUCGCACCAGUGGUCUGAAGAUAGCUUUAUGAAACUGAUGCCUGAGGUGUCUGCCUCUUCCAAAGAACUGUGAAUAUGUACGGACUUCUCAGGGACUGGCAAUCAGAAACUGGCUGGAUGAAGACUUAUGAUAUACGAGGUCCGUGGAUCAUUUAGAAAAACUAAAACCCAACGAAACGAUCGAACACGGAGAAGGACGGUUCCUUCAUUAAUCAAUUUUAACCUAAUGAACACAAAGACAUAUACUACAACAUCUUCAAGAACCUCCACAGGAAGAUCUCCCGCGUCUGGAUGGAGUCGACGGCGACCGCACGGGUGGAACUUCAUGAGCACUGGACUUAUGACAUCAGAAGAAGCCGUGUAUCACUUUCAUAAUCAUGUUCAAAAAAUUUCUGAUUCGUUGAGUUCUUGACGACCACUGCACAUGUAUUCGAGCUCUUUCUGUACUAUGAUCAUCAUCCUUCGAGAUCGAGUUCUAUCGUAUCGAUUCAGGAUCAGCGAGGACAAGAAGUUCCGAAGCGUCGGCUGUCAUGCACUGUUUGAAAGCUGCAGCUUUGUGAAAAUUGGAAAUUACCUUGAGGCAAACUGGUCGCACUACAGUGGGUGGAGAUGCGAGGACUUGUUCAAUUAGACCACCGGAAGGCGCGGAAACGUGUUUAGCAGGCAGGCCAGCAAUACGCUGUAGGCGGUGCGUGAAAUACAAACUGGAAGUCGAUCGGCAACAUGAUAGCAACUCCUACUACUACUCCUCCUCCUCCUCCUCCUAAUCCUCCUACUCCUACUCCUACUCCUACUCCUACUCCUACGCAACUCCUACUCCUACUCCUACUCCUCCUCUUCCUACUACCUUGAAGCGCAUCAGUUUCCUCGCCCCGCAUCAUCGGAGCACAUGGAAUGAAUUGAAGAAAUCCUCAAAAGACUCGAGAAAAGGACGACGCAACCUUGUUGGUGUUGAAAAACUUCUCUAGGUAGUUGUCAAUCUUCUGAGUCUACUACUCCUACAUUGACACUGACAGGAUAUUAAUGAAUCACUUCAGUACAUCAAUCAUGUUCUUGUGUUCCUUCUCGUGUCCGUGUCUCUCUCGUCUCUGUUUGUGUUAUGUCUUCCUUUUGAGGACCCUCUACUCUAUUAUCUAUUCAUUGAUUUCAUACAUUUCAUCGUUUCUUCACAAAAUUGAUUCGUAUCGCUUGAGUAAGUUUCUUGUCACUUCUUUUCUCAGUUCCGUGUCGUUGUUAGUUUAGUCAAAACCUAUGUGGGUAAGCACCGUGACGAAACACUAUGACGCCGCGCGGCAGUCUGCGCUGAAAACUGUGCGAGAUUAAUUGUAUUGCAUUGCACCGAAAGAUCUAGACCGGUAUUUUUGUGUCUCCGUCUCGUCAGUUGAUAGAUCAAG